AUGAUCGACUUUGUAACAUGUAGGCACGACGUGGAUCACAUAAGUCAAGUACUUGUUGACUAUAAGCACCACGUCUCAAAAAAAUUGAAAGAAUGGCCUUUGUAUUCGAAUGUUGUAACCGAUUUUUCUAUGGCACUUAUUGAGGCUGUUUUGAAAGGAUUUAACACGAUGGAAAUUCCGACGUAUUUGCAAUAUGCAAUGAAAUGGGCAACCAGUGACGUCAUUCCUAUUAAAAUUGUACAACUUAUAAAGCUCUAUUUCCGCGAUGUUCAACAGCGCUCCUCAAUGAAUUUUGAAAACAGAUGGGUCUUGAGAUCCGCUCUGAACUUUGCAAGUGAUGGAGAAGUAGUCAGAGAAGUAGCCAGUGCAAGAGAACAAAAUAUGGAGAUAUAUGAGAAAAGAAAGGGGCACGAGCAACUAGACGAGCAGCAGAGUUAA